GCCGAUUCUCAGAACCUUAGAUAUUUCGAAGAUUAUGCCUCAGGUACGCCAGUAUUUGAAUUAUUAUGUCAUUACAAAUGAGGGCUGCCAGUUCACCGGUUAGAACCAUCUUAACCCCAUUCUAAGCUAUCCUAAUGAAGAGAACAUGACAUAUUACUGUAGCUCUAGAUAUGUCUGUGAUCAAGCACAGAGAUCCUACUGGUCCUAAUAUAAGGAAAAGUUUAUAAAUCAAUCAUAAAUGCUCCCUGGCCGAAAAAGACAUCGCCUUAGGCCCUUUUACAACUCAAAGUAUAGAACAUACCACGCAUGUCUCAGCCUCUCUCAGAUGUAUGGUCACUAUGCUCUAUCCAUAGACAUGCUAGCUAUGAAAAUUUGGACUCUAACUGCUAUCGUAACUUUAUUUAUCUGUUGCUUUCCCUCUCCGAACUUUCGGUUGCGUGUCGGCCUAACCGUUUCCCCGCAAUUCCUAGGCGAUAGCGUCCUCGUGGUGCUACCCAAUUUUUUCCGAAAUUCUUCCCUCUGUCUAAUAAACCUGAUUAAGACCGUAGUCUUGCACUACCCUGCUCCGACUUCAACAUACCACACAGUAUAUUGCACCAUUUCAUUGGGUAUGCCGAUGUUCCUGUACACUAUAUCUGACUCACAUUUGUGUGGCUCAGCGUGAAUAGCGGAUGCAAAACUUUUUUGUGGCACCCACUUACGUGCAUACGCCCAUGCAGAGUGGAGGUGACUAAGAAGAACUAGUAAACCUUUCGGGCCAGUGAUGAGCAUGAAUGACCGUUGGCGAAGAUCUUAAUUCGAUGGUGCUCCCACACCCAGGCUUGGUCGA